AUUACGGUAGUAAACAAAAGUGUCAGCUGUUAGUGUCAACUUGGUACUACAAACGUGUAAACUGGCUUAAUUUCAUUUCACAUUCUUAAAAAAUAACUAUAUAUAAUAAUUCAACAUCAUGGAAGUGGGUUACGUUAAAGGUGACUCCACAAAUUUACCAAGAAUAAACUCUCUGAUGGUCGGUAAAUUUUUUGCUGUAAAUCCCGACUUCUGUUCCGCUGAGUUACAGAAUGUUAAAACAUCCAUAUCCGGAAGGGAGACUUAUGGCGAUGACGCUAUAGGUUACGUACAGCUGAAGAGGGAACAAAAUGUUUGCACUGUAAAAUGUACAGUUUGCCCUGAACACAAAGUACGAAGUAAGCCGUAUGCAGCUACACUCGUAGUGGAUGAACAGGAAGAAGUGGUGAUAAGUGUUAAAUGUCAUGAUUGUCCUGCAUCAGCAGGUGGUUGUAAGCAUGCAGUUGCAUUUUUGAUGUGGUUGCACCGCCGAAGUGAAGACCCUUCCUGCACGUCUGUAGAAUGUUAUUGGAAGAAGUCCUAUCUUGCCAAAGUUGGAACAUCAAUUAAAAUAUUAAGUGCAAGAGAAAUGGCAAAACGGAAACCAAAAGUAUUUGCACCAGACAGCGGGUUGAUGAAUGAGUUUGUCAAAGAAUGUAAGACAAGAAAAAUAAAUAAUUGUCAGUUUGUUAAGCAUGAACCUGACUAUUGUGAUACAGAUACUAAUCUAUCAUUACAUUAUCUGAUGAUGACAUAUAAUGAUGAGAAUUAUGAUAGAUUUCAGUCAAAAAUCUUAAAAGAAUUCAGCAAGACAAAUAUAAAACAUGCAGAAAGAAAUACUAGAGGUCAGAAUACCAGUUACUUGUGGCAUGAACUCCGAUAUGGAAGGAUAACGGCUUCUAAGUGUUAUGAAGUUAGUCGUUGUAAAACAACUGAUGGAAACUUGGUUGCUGUCAUUCUUGGUGCGAAGACUCCAGAAACAUCGGCUAUAAUUAGAGGAAGAAAAUUAGAAGAUCAAGUGAGAAAAGUUGUUGAGAAGAAAUUGGGAAUCAAAAUUCAAAUGUGUGGUUUGUACAUAUCGGAGACAUUCCCAAUGAUAGCUGCAUCACCAGAUGGAAGAAAUGAAAAUACAACAUUCGAAAUCAAGUGCCCUGUUAGUGCCAAAACGUCAGAAAAUUAUAUUGACAAGGAAGGCAGAAUAAAAGAAAAGUAUUUUGCCCAGGUGCAAAUACAAAUGUAUUGUGCUCACGCCACUGAAAGUUAUUUUUGUGUUGCCAAUAGUGACUUUGAGAAAAACAAUGAAGUUGCACUUCUUAAAGUUGAAUUUGACCAAGAGUAUGUUAUGAGUCUUUUAGACAGUGUUGUUGCUUUUUGGAAAAAUAAUAUUUUUCCAGUUUUGUCCAAAAGUGUGACAACAAAUUCUAUAUAGAAUAAAAUAAAAUGAUUAUAAAUUAAAA